AUAAGUCAACGUCAAAGUCAAAAUUUGCAGUUGUAAAUACCACCUUUGGGUAAUAUUAUAACAUAAGUUCGAGUAUUAUUUUGAGCUUCCUUAUGCUUGGAACAUGAGCGGAACUGUUGUUGCGUGCAUAGCUACUGCGAUUCUAGUUUCAAUCGUUUGUUGUGCCGCAAGAAGGAUCUGUCCUUGCUUGUAGAGUUAACACAACAGAAAGAGGCGGUUUAGAACAAAAUAUGUCGAAGUUUAUGAAAGUUUUUAAAGGGCCCCCUCCUGGGUCUUAUCCAGACGGCUCCUCUUCAAACUUAAAAAAACCCUCACAAACAGCAGCUAGGCAACCGUCAAGAACUGGUACUAGCAGAACAAAAACAAAUAUUAAAGGUGCAAAAGAUGCAAAUGAUGUAAAAGAUACCAAAAACGCAAAAGAUGAGAGAGAUGCUGCCAAGGGCAAAGAUAUUGCAAAGGCAAAGAAAGAAAUCGAAUUUCAGCUUCCUCCUUUGAGUAUUGUUGGAAAAAAGAGAGAAAUCAAUUUUGAAGAAAUACGAAAAAAGAUAAUGAGAAGAAAUAAUCCCGAAGGUGAAGAUAAAAAGCAAUUGGCCAGUAUUUUAAGGUAUUUGAAUCAGUCCAAGGUCAAAAUCACGGUGCAGGAGUAUGUUAAUUUAGUAUCAAAGUAUACUAGUGACAAUGGAGAAGCUAUGAGGAAAGUCAUGGAGGAAGACAUCGCGUCGUUUAGGAAAAUGGUGACUAAAGUUUACGAAACUAUGACGCAAGACGUUAGUGACGUUCUGGUAAACGAGCAAAUACAGACCGUCAAUUUCUACAACGAAAGGUACGAUAUGUACAACCACAAAACGCUGUGGAUGAUCAGCGAGAUUUAUUCAAUGAUUCCAGAAUUUGAUUUUGAGAGAUACGCCAGAGACCGUGACCAGUAUCUAAACUACAUUAUGCCGAUACCCGUAAUGGUCCGGCGUGAUGCUGAUGAUAUAGAUGCUCAGCGUAGACAAGAAGCAUUCCAUCGACUACAAUGGUUGAAGAUCGAAGGUGGUCGACUAGCAGAAGAAAACAAGAAACUGGCUUCGAGAUUGAUGCAGCUUCGUAAAGAACAGGAAAUGACACAAAAGAAAACAGAACUUAAGUCUCAAAUAAUGGAACAAAAAAUGCUCGAUCUUGAAAUGCAAGAAGCCGAAAAGCAAGAACAAUUAACCGAAAUUCAAGGAACCCUUGGAAAGGCUAUUGUAAGGGACGAAGCCUAUUUAAGAAUUGAAGAAGACGAAAAAUCGAAAAAACCCAAAACCGACAAGGAUCACAAGAAAGGAAAAGCUCAUCACAAGAAGAAAGUUGAAUGGAGCCCGAAAACGGCGAUGGAACUGGAAGCUGAGGCUACCCAAUCAUUAAUAAGGGCGGAAACUGCAAAAAUAGACGCAAAAAGACGCGAGAGAAGACAGUCUCGAUUAGCUGCACAACGAGAUGAACCAUGUGGAUCCAGAUUUCCUGCCUCUUUGAGUCAACCUGGGGCUUCUAGUAUAGGCGCGGCGGCAUAUAGCACAGGCUCGGCAUAUGGUGCGGGCUAUGGCGGUGCUCAGGCUACCUCAUCAGGAACACCUAUGAGCGAGAGAACAGUACAAAGAACGCUUACGACAGUUCAAGAAAAACGACCUCCCAGGUCAUCAUCCGGCGGUUGUCCUGCACGAAGAAAAUAGUGCAGCCAAUAUAUCUGUAUAUUUUUUAAACUUCCUGUAUAUAUUAUACCUGUGUUUAUAUUAAUGAUAUGACUAGUUCAACGAAAGGUCAAUAAAGAAGAAAAUGUCAUCCAAAAAUUAACAGGAAAAGUUGGUU